AUGGCCGACCCCGCGGCGAACCUCCCACCCCUCCUCACACCAAACCAACUCCUCGCCUUCACAACAUCCCUCAACCUCCCACCACCAACCCACACAGAACCUCUCACAGUAACAGCAGCCUUCCACAGCAUCUACCUCCUCCACUUCCCCCCUUCAGAUGCCACGCACCUCGCACCGGCACGUCCCAACGUAGACGGCACCAUAACACUCGUCCUCCGCGUCGCAGGCCGCCACUUACCACGCAUAAAGACAGAAAACGAAGUCGCCAUGAUGCGCUGGGUCCGGCAACACACCGCCGUCCCCGUGCCCGCCGUGCUGCGCUGGGAUUCUUCUUGUGAGAACGUGCUGGGGUACGAGUUUACGCUGUUGGAGAGGGUUGACGGUGCGAGUGCGGAUAAGGUGUUUUGGAAGCUGGGGGAGGUUGCGAGGAGGAGGCUUGUUGAGCAGCUUGUGGGCUUUCUCGCGGAGUUGUGGGAAAGUUCGAAGGGUGGUGUGUGGAAGCAUGUUGGCGGGUUGAGGGUCGGUGACAAUGGGGAGGUGGUGCCGGGCCCGGUUGUGGAUGAGUGGUUUUGGAUGGAGCCUGAGAUUUCGCGGUGCUGGGAGGGGGAGACGAUCGAGACGUUGAAUCCUGUUGUGGGCGCGUUCUCCGGGUGGGCGGAGCUUCUGGAUAAGAGCGUCGAGAAGUAUAUCUACGCUAUUGGGAGGCACGCUUCGCUCGAGUGGAUGAGGGAUCUUGUGCCGCGUUUGGAGGAGUAUAGAGAGUAUGUUAGGGUUCACGCGGACGAGGUGGAUGAUACGCGGUAUGUACUCUCGCACAGGGACCUGCACCUCGCGAACGUCAUGGUGGAUGGGGAGGGAGACGUGACGGGGAUUUUGGAUUGGGAGUUUGGUGGGGUGGUGCCUGGGCCGAGGUGGGAUCCGCCGAAUGCGUUUUUGUAUCCUUGGGGUGGAGGAGAUGAUGAGAUGGUGGCCAAGGCGGAGAGGGAGAGGAUGAGGGGAUGGGCGAGGGAGUUUUGUCGGGAGAAGGGGAUCGAAGGGGAGGUUGUGGCUGGAUGGCCUUACAAGGGCGUUCAGGAGACGGUGCAGAAGGUCGUGAACUUUACGAGGGCGAUAUGUGAGGUUUGUCCUAGAGGGAAGGGGGAGAAGGCGAAGGCGUGGAGAGUGAGUCUGGAGAGCGAGUUGACGAAGCUGGGGUUAUGA